CGGUCACGUAUCUGAGUGUGGUUGCGGCCAGAGCGGCAACAGUGCCAACAACAGCAACAACAACCGCAGCUCCGAACCGGUGUGGCCACCCCAUUCACCCAGCCAGCCAGCGUUUGGGGGGAUCGAUUCUUGGGCAAUCCUCCGGACCAGUGAAGAACGGUGCAAUUCUUAGAGUUCCCCCGCUACACCCACCCACCUUGAGGGAGUGGUCGUUCGUGGACCGUGAAAUCGUGACCCAAUACCCGUGUGUGCCUGUGUGUGCCUGUGGUGGAGUUAGUGCCAAAUCGCGUGCGCCACGCUUUUCCCUACCUUAUAUCGAGGGGCACCGUCGGAGAUCCUGAGAUGAAACUGGCGGUAUGCGCCGCGCUGGUGCUGGUGGCGACGCUGGCCCUGGGCAGCCCCCUGGACGACAGCCACCGGGCGGCGCUGUUCCGCCGAACCCGCAUCGGUCCCAAAGUCUACAAGCACGAGGACCAGAGCCGCCCCGGCAUCCCCGUAGCCGACAACCAGGACACGCCGGCGGCGUCCGGCGAGGUGUCGGCCCGUGCCGCCAAGCCACCGGCCAAGGAGCUGCCGGCGUCGGUGCCAGCGGCCAGCGAUGAGUCCUCGGCGCCUUCAGCUCCGGUUGCUCCUGGCAAACCCGGCCUGAAUCGGUUGUUUGCCCGCAAGAAGUACAGCCCGCUGUUGCGCUCGGACGGAUCGCUGAAGGGCGCGGCCAGUGAGUCGGCAACGACGGUCCCCAGCUCCACGGAAGCCGCAGUGGACUCGUCAGACGGUCCCGGCUCGUCAGUGGCCACCAGCACACGCCGCACGCGCCCAACGCGUCCUGGCAAAGUGCCUCGGGUCACCUCACCCAAACCGACCGUCUCGGUGAAACCGACCAAGAUUUCGUCCCGCUUCUCGAAGCCCACCCCGGAACCGACCGACAGCACGGUGACCCCCGUCACCCAGCGGACGACGCGCGGCCGAAGGACGCGCCCUUCGAAGCCACCGAAGGGUGGCCCAGUUCCGGUGACGGAAGCCACAACCACCACCAGCACGGCGCCUUCCACAACUUCCACCACUUCCACGACGACGGCUGCUCCGACAACGCCUGUUCCAACCACGCCCUCAUCCACCACCACCACCACCACCACGGUCGGACCUACGACUUCAACUUCAACGGUGGCCGAUCCCGGCGUGCUGGUCGAAGGCACCUCCGUCGUCCACUCGUCCGUGAGGGGCGAGACCAGCUCCUCGUCCGCGAGCCCUACAACCACCGUGACCCCAUCGACGACAACGACGACCGCGGCACCGCCGCCGCCGCCGGGUGACGCAGACGAUGAUGAGGUUCCGGCCCCGAUCACCACCAACGGGCAGCAGCAACCCUCGGAGCCGGUUGCCCGUCCGGACCGGGAUCGGGACGAUGAGACGCUCGUGUUCAGCCGGGCACCGAGCGGCCCCAAGGCCGACCGGGUGAUCCCGGUCGUCGAGCGGCAGGACGAUGCGUCCGCCGAGGACGACAGCGGGCCCCUGCGGGCCACCAGCUUCGAGCGGGCGGAUGACCGGAAGUAGUGCCACCGUUCGCUUCCUUCCUGGCCGCGCUUCGGCAGCUCUCGGCGCGGGCGAACGCAGUGCGAAUGAAUAAAGAAUGGUAACUCUCCGUGAACCGAACCGACAGAACGCGUUCGUUGCGAAAGAAAAUGGGCUCGCGAUGUUUUUCGUGCCAGUUGGGCGAUGUUUUUCGAUUAAUUCAAUGCCGUGCUAGGAGCAUAAGUUUAAGAUGGGUGAAGCCAAAAUUUGAAAUAACCUCUGUC